GUCACUUUGAUUGAAUGGGGAAAUGCCUUUUUACACUUGUUUAUGUAAGCAUUGUUUAUAGAGAUUCUUUGUUUAUACUAUUAUAUAUGCCUUGUGAGUUGUGGCUGAUCAGUGGUUCCAGACCACUACAGUGACACCAAAUCCACCAGGUGCACACAGAAAUGGCUGGAAAACCAAAGAAAAGGUACAUUUCCGAAGUAGGAGUAGCACCAAAAAACAACAAACCAGCCAUGAAUGCUGCUGCAUCUCCCGCUGCUCUUCCUCAUGCUUCCCAAACUACUCCCUCUAGUAAAAGCCAUAAGAAGAAGAAGAAGAAGAAGAAGAAGGCCGAAACCCCAGAGAAAAGCACUCCGAGCUUGACUCAGACUGAGUCAGGCAAUGCAGAACAAACCCAGCUCAGUCCUUCUCCUUCACCCAGCUCCAAACGAAAAAAUUUAUCGCCAGGAGUUCGACUCGUCAAUGGCAGGAUCUACGAUUCCGACAAGGGAAAAACCUGUCACCAGUGCCGUCAGAAGACCCUUGAUUUUGCAGUGUCAUGCGAGAACCGGAGUGAGAAUAAACAAUGUACCUUCCAUUUCUGUCACAUUUGCCUCCUCAACAGAUAUGGAGAGGAAGCGGAAGAAAUGGCUGCAAUGGGUGGUUGGAAAUGUCCCAGAUGCAGGGGCAUCUGUAAUUGCAGUUUUUGCAUGAAGAAGCGAGGUUGUUGCCCUACUGGGAGGCUUGUGCUUGUUGCAAAGGCAAGUGGGUUUACUUCUGUGUCUGAGAUGUUGCUGUUAAAGAACUCUGAGGAGGCCGGGGAAGAUGUGAGUCCAGCAUCAGAAAAGGAGGUUGUUCCAAAGGAGGAGGAUGGAGUGGCUUUGACAAGAGAAAGUAUACAGGAGAACGGUUUUGAGGACAAAAGUUACUUGAAGUCUAAACAUAAAACUUGUGGUGGUGUUGAUGAGGAAUAUGGAAAUCCCCAGAAGGAAAUGUUAAGAAAGAAUGAUGACAGUGAGGGGGAGACUAAAAAGAUAACAAACGAAGGAGGUGCCUCACCAAAAAUGCUGACUUCUAAGAAGCAGGAGCCUGCAGUAGCUUCAACCAGAGGACGUAAAAGACAAAAUUAUUCAGAUGAGAGAAAAAGUUAUUUGAAACUUCCUCAAGGGAUUGAAUUAUCAAAUGUUGCUCAAAUUGACCUGCCUGCUGAGGGUAUUGGACAUGCGUUGCAAUUCCUAGAGUUUUGUGCAGCUUUUGCAAAGGUACUUGAUAUAGAGGAAGGGCAGUCUGAAUAUUUACUCCAAGAAUUAGCAUGUGGACGAGGCUCACUUCGGAGCAUGGACUCCUCAAUUGUCCAGUUUCAUGUCAAAUUGCUCUCCAUGAUACAAAAGGAUACUGGAAAAGAAUAUUCCUCUUUGAAAACUCAAUCCAGAAUGCCAUGGUUGCAAGCGCUUUACAGAUGCAUCUGUGAAUCCCAAUUUCGAUCAAGAGAACUGCUGCUGGAUUGUUUGAAUUUGGCAGCUGAAGGAGAUGGAGAGUUAAGCUCUUCAAAGAAACUCAGACUUUUGAACUUUCUUUGUGAUGAAGUUCUUGGCACCGAGGAGUUGAGGAGUUGGAUUGAUGAACAAAACUUGGAAUUUCUUGCUGAAAGAGAGAAGGUGAGAAACAUGAAAAUGAAACUGCACGGUGAGCUGGCUACAGAUAUGCUCAUGAAAAAUGGUGUGCCUCACUCUGUUUCUGAACAUCGAAAUCUCGUGCUUAAGAUAAAGGCAGAAGCAGCUCAAACUUUUGCAGAGACUUUGGAAGCAAAAGACACAGUGACGAAAAGGAUACAAAGAUCAGAUGCUCUCAGGUCAGAAGCUAUGUUUUUGGAUGGAAAUGGCCGCAAAUUCUGGAAAUUAAGAGGCUACUCUGGAAAAAGAGAGAUUCUGAUUCAAGCUAUUGGAAACGGGGAUUCAUUGACUCUCAAGGACAGGUGGUUUAGCUGCAAUUUUGAUGAAAGGGAGACCAUUGAGAAUUAUUAUUUGAGGCAGCUAAGAAAAUGAGCCAGAGAAGUCAUUUGCAUCGUCUCAACAGUUUAUGCAUACCAGGGUCGUCACCACAGGACGCUCUUGCGAGUUAACUACUGUUUGGGGGAGGACAGCCUGUAACCACAGCCUCACCAAGGUGCAAGGGGGACCAUGGGCCCUUCACACAACUUCUGGUCCAAGAGCCCUACUGCCCGCAAGCGGGAUUCCAACCCAAGACCGUAUGGGAGGGAGGGAAUUUCAUCCCAGC